CAAAAAGACUCUCCCUCAUUCUUUCUUAGCACACAAAAGAAAAAAGCACAAGACUCCCACAUAGAAACCUGAACGGACCAUGGCGACCUCAGUCCAGAACCGCCAGUUCCCUCACAUCGAGCCCGCCCUAAACGGCGUCGUCCGCUCCUCUUUCAAAUCAAGUCCCACCCGCCAUUUUCAAGAGGCACCGAAAAUCCCGGCAGCGGUGGACGACGACGACGACUACUCCUCCAGCGACGACGAAAACGACGAGAGUAUUAAAGAGUACAUGGACAUGGUCCGGAGAGGCAACAACGAGCUAGAGCCGUCGAUCUUGGACCCGAGAGAUGAGGCCACGUCGGACAACUGGGUGGAGCGAAAUCCCAGCAUGGUCCGCCUCACAGGGAAACACCCCUUCAACUCGGAACCGCCGCUCAACCGCCUCAUGCACCACGGCUUCAUCACACCGGUCCCAAUCCACUACGUCCGCAACCACGGCGUCGUCCCCAAGGGCACGUGGCACGACUGGACCGUCGAGGUCACCGGCCUCGUCCGCCGCCCGGCUAAGUUCACCAUGGACCAGCUCGUCACCGAGUUCCGUUCCCGGGAGCUCCCCGUCACCCUAGUCUGCGCCGGAAACCGCCGCAAGGAGCAGAACAUGGUGAAGCAGACCAUCGGCUUCAACUGGGGCGCCGCAGCCAUCUCCACCUCCGUGUGGCGAGGCGUCCGCCUCCGCGACGUUCUCAAGCGGUGCGGGAUCUACAGCCGCAAGGGUGGGGCCCUCAACGUCUGUUUCGAAGGCGCCGAGGACCUGCCGGGUGGCGGCGGCUCCAAGUACGCCACCAGUGUGAAGAAAGAGAUUGCGAUGGACGAGAGUAGGGAUAUCAUACUUGCUUACAUGCAAAACGGCGAACGUUUAGCCCCGGAUCACGGGUUUCCGGUUCGGAUGAUCAUACCCGGAUGCAUCGGAGGCCGGAUGGUGAAAUGGCUCAAACGGAUCGUCGUCACGACGAAAGAGUCGGAUUGUUAUUAUCAUUACAAGGACAACAGGGUCCUUCCCUCGCAUGUCGAUGCCGAGCUCGCCAAUGCUGAAGCAUGGUGGUACAAGCCAGAGUACAUAAUUAACGAGCUGAACAUAAACUCUGUUAUCACGACGCCGUCGCACGAAGAGAUAUUGUCUAUAAACUCGUGGACGAGGCCGUAUACUCUCAAAGGAUACGCAUAUUCCGGAGGAGGAAAGAAAGUGACACGAGUGGAGGUGACUGUGGACGGUGGUGAGACGUGGCAGGUCUGCAAUCUGGACCACCAAGAGAAGCCGAACAAGUAUGGCAAAUACUGGUGCUGGUGCUUCUGGUCACUCGAGGUUGAAGUGCUCAACUUACUCGUAGCCAAAGAGAUCGCAGUGAGGGCUUGGGAUCAAACCCACAACACUCAGCCCGAAAAGCUCACCUGGAACGUAAUGGGUAUGAUGAACAACUGUUGGUUCCGUGUGAAAAUCAAUGUGUUGCCACACAGAGGAGAGAUCGGAAUAGUAUUCGAGCAUCCGACCAAACCCGGAAACCAAUCCGGCGGGUGGAUGGCGAAAGAGAGACACUUGGAGAUCGAAUCCAACGCGACCCUCAAGAAGAGUGUGUCUUCACCCUUCAUGAAUACUUCAAGCAAGGUUUACUCGAUGUCCGAAGUCAAGAGGCACAACACCCCUCAGUCUACAUGGAUUGUUAUCAAUGGUCACGUCUACGACUGCACUAAAUUUAUCAAUGACCAUCCUGGCGGUGCUGAUAGCAUUUUGAUCAAUGCCGGAACGGAUUGCACGGAAGAGUUUGAAGCAAUCCAUUCCGACAAGGCCAAGAAAAUGCUAGAGGAGUAUCGAAUAGGGGAGGUGGUUGGUACCAAUGGUUACGCCUCCGACUCUAGCUCCCCUAAUAACACCGUUCAUGGGAUAUCAAGAAUAUCGACAGUGAAUUCUAUGUCUUCUCUUAACAAUGUUUUGGCCCCUAUUAAAGAAGUCACGCAAAGAAGCGUGGCGCUCAAACCACGUGAGAAAAUUCCGUGCAAGCUUGUGACCAAGACCACGAUUUCACAUGACGUGAGGGUAUUCAGAUUUGCAUUGCCUUCGGAAGACCAAGCUCUAGGGCUGCCGGUGGGAAAGCACAUUUUCUUGUGUGCUACAAUUGAGGGCAAGCUUUGCAUGAGGGCAUACACACCAAUCAGCUCGAUUGAUGAAGUUGGUUAUUUUGAGCUGGUGGUGAAGGUCUACUACAAGAAUGUGCACCCUCGGUUCCCUAAUGGAGGGCUCAUGUCACAAUACUUGGACUCUCUCCCAAUCGGGGCUGCUCUAGACGUGAAAGGUCCAUUAGGUCACAUAGAAUACACCGGUAGAGGUAACUUUUUGGUCCACGGUAAACCCAAGUUUGCAAAGAAGCUGGCCAUGAUUGCCGGAGGGACGGGGAUCACUCCCGUUUACCAAGUAGCACAGGCCAUCCUGAAAGACCCGGAGGACGAAACCGAAAUGCACAUUGUGUAUGCAAACCGAACCGAGGAGGACAUUUUGUUGAGGGAAGAGCUUGAUAGUUGGGCCAAGGAGCACGAGAGGUUCCAUGUUUGGUAUGUGGUGGAGAAUGGUAAGGAAGGCUGGGAAUACAGUACGGGAUUCAUCUCGGAGAGUAUACUGAGGGAGCAUGUUCCCGAUGGAUCGGACGGUUCUCUUGCGUUGGCUUGUGGGCCGCCGCCGAUGAUCCAGUUUGCCGUGCAGCCUAAUCUGGAGAAGAUGAACUAUGAUGUCAAGAAUUCGUUGCUUAUAUUUUGAAGAGUGGAGCUAGCUAGAUCCACGGUAAUAUGUACAUUAUUAGUGUUGUAUCAUUGUUUCCACUUUUGAGGGGGAGAUUCAUUUAGAUGGAAAAAUAAAGUCACUUGUACUCUCAAAUUGGCAUUCCUUUUCUCAUGUUGAGAAAAAUGCCAAUGCGCCAUUUUAUAGUUGUAUAUCUAAGUCUCUGUUUUUCAUCAAUGACAUUCCAUAGUCUUAUACU